CUCUAACAAUGCGAUGGUGUGGAGUGUAACCCUUCAAUUCGGUUAAAAUUUUAAAAUUAUGUAUGUGGUCCAAGUCAAUACAACCAACGUUUCUUGAGACAGUUUGUGUGAUGGUUGGAAUUUGCCAAAAUUUUUGAGGUCAAACUUGAAAAAUGAGAGAUUUUUCCCUUUGAAGGGAAUGGGAGUCGGGUUCGUUUCCUCCGCUUGGUAAGAAUGGCCAAUUUUUUUCAAUUUUAAUCAUCAAUAUUUUGUCAAAUUUUAUUUAGUAAUGUUCCAGUAAUUAAAAAUGUACCGGUCUGAAGCAAACUAUUUAAUACCAGUCUAGUAGAGUUUUGCAUGUAUGUAACUACAUGAUUUUUCACUGUACUUAUCCCCGUUUGCAGAACACGUGCAAUGUAUUUAUGUAUGCCCCCUUGAUUUAGAUUAAUUCCUCAUGAGUCUUAUCAAUGAAUGUAACGUUUCAAAAAUAGAUACCUACAUAUGUAUCUAUGAAAUAUAUUUAUAAUAAUGCCGCGAAUUUGCAUAUUUCCAUGUCUUGGACAUUGUACAACUCAACAGAAAUAUAUGCAUACGUAUCAUAAAUGUGACAGUUUUUUGUAUUAUAAUGUAUGCAAAUUGAACAUCUACAUCCAUAUGUAUGCUCGCCUUUUAUACCACUUAUGUAUGAUUCCACUACGACUGGAAACGAAUCCAAUUUUUUGUUCGAGUCUGAGAGCAUGCUGAUUUUAACUGAUGGAUCAUAAGUAAUCAAGGUUUGUGCCUGAUUUGAUGUAUGCAUAUUUACAUACGUAUGUAUGCAAUUUCUGCCAAUUGACCUUAUGUAAAUAUGUUCAUUAUACGUGCAUGCGUCCGCACAAAUUAAUCGUGACUUGACUGAUUAAACAUUGAACUUUGGUCAGUGCGUGAUCAUUUGUUUAAAACAAUAUGUGUGAACGUAUAUUCCUCGUCCCAAACAAUUAUUUUAAACGUAUUCUUUUAUAAUCAGUGACUUAUCUAACAUUUUCCCAAUGAUUAGUACAGACUAAUUAUGUAUGUAUUAAAAAUUGACAAAUAUUUACCAUACAUCCACAGAUAUUUUAUCCAUGCCCAGUGAUAAUCAUCCCAGCAGGAACUUGCCAGUCAUACGUAAUUUGUCCUUUCUUUUAAAGCUAACAACUCCUAUUUAAUGGAAGAAGCCCUUGGUUCCGUUAUAAGUGAUGGAAUCAACAAUGUUUUACACGAAAGUUGGAGUAACACGAGGGAACUUGCCCUGGCUGAAGGUAAAUGGACAAAAAGUGGAAAGCGUAUUAAUUACGAUUACAGUUUCAAAGGACAUCUGUCCUCUUCCAUCCGCUACAACGGAAUGAAGCACCCAGACAAUUCGACACUUCAAGAAUUUUCAAAUACUCACCUCAACGACGCAACGGCAGAGUACCGUUUCUUCGAAGCCUGGUUUCUCUAUCUUUCUAGAACUGGGGAAUUCAACGCAGUCUUUAGCCAAGCUUCGAAAAAAUUUACAGAUUUGGCGAAAACUCAUAAAACUGGCAUAUUUUCGCACGACGAGCUGGCCCAAUGCUUCGCAGGAAUUGGAAAUUAUACCAGGGUUACGCAAUUUGCGAUGGGCUUGCUAACUAAGGCAGUUGUUUUAACGGAUCCUGGACGACAAAGUGUUCCCUUUUCGUCGGUUGCAAAUUUGCUAAAUUUAGCCGUAAAAGUGGUCAAUGUGCGAAAAGAAAUGUAUGAUUCUGCUAAGAAAAGAAAAAAAGAGGAUGAAGGGCACCACUUUCAGGUGAGAAAUUGGGCCAGUAUCGUCGCAUAUUUGGGUAUUUUGUUGCAAGCGAUGACACGACUUGAUAAAAAAAUUCUGCAUGGGAAUCCAAUCUUAUGGGCAGAUGGCUACAUUUGGUAAUGAGUUCUGCCAGGAAUUCUUUGACGUGACAGAAUAUGCGUAAAACAUAAAUCGUGGACACUGCCUAUUAAUUUAUACAUAAGUCGAUAUAUAUGUGUAUGACAAAAAUUGUGUUAAAUACGUAGUAAAUGUUUAAUACCUACAUAUUUAAUUUGGUAAAUCUUGACAUAAAUAUUUGAUUACAUUUUAAAAUCAUGUUUACUUAUAAAUCUUCAAAGUAUUGCAAAGGUAAAUAAAUUUACAAAGUAUGUGUCCGCAAAAAUUAA